AUGAAUCAGAGUGCAGACAACUUCACGGACCCAGUCCAAUGCCACUAUGAGCCGCCUUUGUACUUGGAAGGGCGAUUCUGGCUAGUCAGUGUGUUUGGAACAUCUGUAGCCUUACUGUCCAGCUGUGAAAAUGCAUUUCUAUUUGGUACACUGGUACAAAAGUAAGUUUUAUAGCCUUUGUUUUGAUUUUUUAAAGAUUUUGAGCAAUUUUAAGCCAAAAAACAGUUUUUUAUCGACUUUUUUGCAUUUUGUUACCUAAAAUACUGUUUUUUAAGUUUUUAAAGUAUUAAAAUGACAUUAAGUUACAUAUUAUCAUAGAUAAAACCAAAAUCAUUUCAGAAAACAACACCGCAACUCCCACUGUCUAUACCUCAUUCUCCUGGCCUUCUUCGACUUCUUCAUAGCCAUUGCCUACAUUCCCUUGAUGUCAGUCAGUUUACUGGCUGAUUAUCUUGAAUCCCCGCUACUAUUAACAGCAUGGUAUCACUACAUGAGGCCUAUGAUUACCAUCUCUCACAUAGCCAUGAGUGCUUCAUCCUUUCUAAUUUUGGCGGCUUCAUUUGAGAGAUACUGUAUCACUUGUUUGCCUGGCAGAAUGAAGAAAGUCCAGAAACGGAGGCGAUUUAUAGCUUUGUUUGCGGUACUUACUGGCGUUAUUACCAAGAUUACUCUGUAUAAUGAGUUUGAGGUAGGUUUUAUUUUCUUUGAGCAACCCUACCCUACCUUACCCUACCCUACCCUACCCUACCCUACCCUACCCUACCCUACCCUACUUUACCCUGCCCUACCCUACCCUAUUACGACGUCUAUACAAUAAUAUUUUAGAUAAUCUUUAACAAAGAAUGCCAAGGCUCCAUGGUAGAAUACAACCUCCAGUUGUCAUCGAUGGCUACAGAAUACUACUAUAAUUUAGUUUGGAGAUUAGGCUUCCGAAAUCUUGUUACCGUACUCGUACCGUUCUUUGGUCUAUUAGCCAUGAACUUCCUGAUAGUGAAAGAACUAAAACAAGCUAGCUCCAAGUUUCCUAUCGAACAGAAGGCUCUCGAUGGCACGAUAGAGCUUCAGCCUAAGGUAAUAUGAGCUUCAAAUGACUUUGAAAUGUUGGCAUUGAUAUGAGAAGGCCUUAUUGAUAUUAGAAAUUAUGUUUUUUUAUUUUUUUUUGUUUUUUUUUAAUUAAUAUAACACAUUUCAAAAUUACAGUAUUUUAUCCUACCUAUAUCAUACCAUACUCUUUCCAGAACAAAGUUAAAGCAGCCACCAUGACCCUCCUUAUGGUCGUAUUCACGUAUCUUGUCUCCAACAUUCUCAACGUCAUUUUAACAUUUUGGGAGUAUUUUGACAUAGCCUCGCUUACUUCAAAGUUCCUUGCCUUAUAUACAUAUGGAGUCGACACUGUGUCGAUAUUAACCAUCUUGGCCGGAGCCUUCCGACUACCCAUCUACGUGAUAUGUAUGCCUCAACUACGAGGAGACUUUGUGUUUUACUUCAAGAAGGUUAUUGGAAGGAAUAUCUUGACUGUAAGUUUUGUAUAUUGGUUUAAAAAUGGCAUUUUUUAAUGCUUUUGGGUCCGAUAUAGUUCUGUAGCUAGAGGUGAUUAGAGAAGAAAAUAUAAGGGGAAAGGGGACUCUCGAGCUAAAGCUGGGCAGGGAAAUCAAUUUUAACAAAAAGAGAUGUGCAAGAACUACCUAAAAAACCAUGAUUACAAUAACAUUCAGGAUGACUACGACCCAAAAAGACAGUUUUACUACGCUCCAAUGUUGAUACGAAUAAGUGAGCUGUUGAUGAAGUACCCAAACGUAUCAUCUGGUACUUCGAUGGACUCGUUGAGUACCACUGAUGAUGACAAUGAACCCAAAGACGAAGUUUUUCUAUAA